UCUAAACAGGGCCUAAACCCCGCCACCUCCCCAACACCAGCCUCAUUUACAUUUACAUUUACACCUCCUCAUCAUCCAUCGCCACCGGGCAGUCCCCGGCGCACCGAGCUUCCUCGCUCCACCUCCGAUCCACGCAUGGCCAAGCGCCUCUUCUACUCCUGCCGCUCGCCGUCGGCAGCCGCCGCGGUGAGCCCCACGACCACCCUCCUCCCGACCGCUCAUCACCCGCCCGUUGUCCCGGCCCCAUCAGGCGGCGCGUGCUGCCCGCGCCGCGCGCCUCGGCGUCGGGGGCGGGGGGCCCAGACGCCUGCAUCCUGCGGCGCGGGGGGCUGCGCCGUGGACUACGGCGCCGACGACCUACCCCCGGCGCGUGGCACGCCGGCGUACCGCUGGCUGAAGAGCUCCCGCUGGCACGUCAUCGAGGCCGCCAGCGCGUACGCCUCCGACGGCGACGGCGACGACUCGCCCCGCCUCAAGAUCGACGCGCGGCGCAGGGUGCGGCACUCGCGCCGCUGCCGCCGGAGGAUGCUCCACCGGAGGCUGGCGGGCCCGGCGAGCUGGUCGUCGGGGGACAGCGGGUGGUUCAGCAGCGACGACGACGACGACGACGACAAGGCGUUCGGCGCCGCUGGGGAAGCGUCGUCGGCGCUGCGCGCGGCUGCGGCGGCGUCGACCACCACGACGGAGUCCUCGUCGACGGGCGCGAGCCGGAACAGCGCCGCGAGGGGGGAGCGGGAGGGCGAGGCUGCGGCCGCGGCGCUGGCCGGGGGCUUCGCGGUGGUGAAGCGCUCCGACGACCCCCGCGCCGACUUCCGGCGGUCCAUGGCGGAGAUGGUCGUGGGGCGCGGCAUCUACGACGCCGACGGCCUGGAGCGCCUGCUCCGCUGCUUUCUGGCGCUCAACGACCGGCGCCACCGCCGCGACAUCGUGGCGGCGUUCGGCGACGUGUGGGAGGCCGUCUUCUCCAACUCCAACCCACCGCCGCAGUCACACUCCCACGGCGCCGCUGCCACCGCCUCCGAGGCUCCGACGCUACGAGCUGCAAGGUUGCAGCCAUGUCUCGUCCCUAGAUAACGUGCUCAUCGCACACACGUAUGUCUAUGCACUUCUAUUAAUUAUUAGGUGAAGCCGUGAAGGAACUGCUCUAGGAUUAUUAUGUAAAAAUGCGAUUAUAUGUACGUGUAAAUUACGUUUUCUUUUCUGGGUUUACGGCGCCGGCUCCUAUCGGCCCGCUCCCUGCGGCUGCAUGCAUGUUCAUGUUCAUGAUCAGUUCAUCUGUGGAAAUCGGUGUCC